AUGCAGCAUAUCUGUGAGUCUAAAGAUGUUGAUUUAACAAUUGGUUUUCUAUUGAAACCAUUAUUAACUAUGAUGAAAUUAACGGGUUUAUAUCAUGAAUAUUUACCAAAAGCAGAUAAACAAAAACAGAAUCGGCUACACUUUGUUUAUUGUCUAUUUAUAUGCUUUUUAUUAUGGUUCAACACAUUCAAAUUUAUAUUCGUAUUUGUAUUAACUAAUUUAAGUUAUAAAUAUGCACAUUUACCAAGGUUGGUGAUGGAAAUUGUUUGUCAAUUAUGGUUACUGCUUUGCUCUAGUACACAGACAGCCUUCGUUAUUAGUUCAUAUCAGAGGAAUAAAUUUUAUACUAUUAUGUUUGAUUACAAUUUUGCUAAAGGUAUUAAAUGUCAACCGAGCAUAUCAAAACGGUUGAAAUUUGUAAUAUAUUCCGCGACUACAUUCGCUUUGAUUACUAUUAUAUGUAAUACCCUGGCAUUGUUUCUUGCCUAUUUCGGUUCAUCUGAAUAUAUAAAGGUAUUUCAAAUGUUAUUAGCACCAUUUCAUCAAAACUCGACAAUCGCACGAAAUAUACCUUAUAAAUUAUUUAUUUGUUUAUUACAGUUUUAUGACUCAGCAGCGUGGAUUUUACCGCCAACUUUAUUUGCCAUUCUAUGUCUGAUUGCAUACAAUGAAUUUAAUAAAUUCAAUGAAUAUAUUAAAGAAGAAGUUCAACAGUCAAAUGCACAACAGCGAGUGGAAUAUUGGCGUCAGUCUCAUAAUAAGGUGGUAAAACUUGUGUAUACGUUAGAUUCAACGUUUCAAAUCUACAGCAGUCUCGCUCUAAGCAUAAAUAUUGUUAUGGCAUUACUCAUGUGGUAUAUAAUAGCGAUUAUGUGGACAUAUCGACCAGAUGGGGGAACAUUGAUGAUUGUGAUGGUCCUUUUUUGGGCAUUUAACAGUAUGGUUUAUAUUUUUGUCAUAGCGAUUACAGCUGGUCUAUUAAAUUCAGCCGUAAGUAACCAUUUCAUUCUGUUAUGA